GCUCUCUGAAAAAUGUCUUCGCGCAAACUGAACAACAUUUUUGGCCAAGAAAGGUCUGAAAGAAAUACUACUAUGUUCCAUUUAAUUGCUGAAGAAGGCCUUGACAAUAUUUUAGAUCGCAUUUGGAACGCUACCCGUAAAAAAGAACUGGAACAAAUACUGAAACUGAAGAACGACGACGGAGAGACGUGUCUACAUACUGCUGUUAAAAAACUAAAAGGAUCCGAAGCUGAAAGGAUAAUGGCUCAACUAUUCGACAUGGGAGCAAAUUUGGACGCGCAAGAAGAUGGGACAGGAGACACUGUUUUGCACUUAGCAGUAAAACGACAGGACUACGUGCUCAUGGACUGGCUGCUUUCAAUGCGUAUUGAUAAGAACAUAAGAAAUAACAGUGGAUUAACGGCAUAUCAAGUGGCAAAACAAAACAAUGACUACAAAAUGAUGAAGAUGAUUUUGAGUGAAAAUGAAAAUGUUGCUGAGUGUUUAGUGAACGAGUUAAAGUCCAUCAGUUUAUUGUAAUUUUCAUAAUAUUUUUAGACAUAAGUUUGCAGCUAUCAAUUAUAUUCUAUCAAUUAAUAGGUAACAACUUUUAUCGAUAAUUUGAUCUUAUGAACCGUAGUUUUUAAGUGUUUUAUUAAAUGGGUGAAUUUAAAAUAAAGGUAAUUUUAUUUUAAAUCAGCAAUAAUUUUCCUUACAACUAGUUUGUUCUAUACCUAUUUAAUUUAAAUAAUCUCUCAAUUGUUUGCGUCAAUGUUAGUCUAUUCUUUUAAAUCACAUUAUUAAAAGUAUAUCAGCAAAAUACACGUCAAUAUAUGU